GCGACGGAAGCCCCCGCGCACGUGUCUCCAAGGCGACGGGCGGCGGCGCCAUGAGGCGGCCGAACCUGCUGAUCACCGGCACUCCGGGUGUUGGGAAAACCACCCUGGGAAAGGAGCUGGCAUCCAGAGCGGGGCUGAGCUACGUCAACGUGGGGGACUUGGCAAAGGAAGGAGAGCUCUACGAAGGUUUUGAUGAGGAGUAUGACUGCCCCAUUCUGGAUGAAGACAGGGUGAUUGAUGAACUCGAGGAUAGGAUGAGCGAGGGAGGAGUGAUUGUGGAUUACCACGGCUGUGACUUCUUCCCCGAGCGCUGGUUCCACAUUGUGUUUGUUCUUCGCACAGAAAAUUCGUUUCUGUAUGACAGGCUGGAAAGCAGGGGCUACACGGGGAAGAAGCUGCAAGACAACAUUCAAUGUGAAAUUUUUCAGACUCUCUAUGAGGAAGCUGUGUUGUCAUAUAAAAAGGAAAUUGUUCACCAGUUACCCAGCAACACUCCAGAGGACCUAGAGAGAAAUUUGGAUCAGAUUAUGCAAUGGAUUGAGCAAUGGAUGAAGGACAACAACUGACUUUGGGUGAAACAGUAACUGCUGGAUCUCUUCUUGGGAGGGAGGGUUUAAUAAAUGGUAUUCAUAAUUCUUGUAUUAUAAAUGAACAUGGAUUUUGUUGUGACUGGAUAUAGCUGGGGAGUAGAAGAAGGUUCAGAGUGGCCAGGUUUGUGAGGGUUUGUAACAACACCCUGGAGAGGCAACAGCAGAACUGAUACAAGUGAGGGAAGGAUGAAGAUCACGCAUUGCCCUGAGUAGCAGGAGCUAUGUUCAGUAACUGAGAAUUCUUUUGACCUUACAAUUAAAACCAAACCUGCAAGACAGCUGUAAAAUCCUGAUAGCUGGUGGCAGUUGAGGCACUUUUGAUUUCCAGAGGGUGGAACAAUGUCCUGAAAGGAGUUAGUUUGAUGUGGAGUUGUGAGACUAAAACCUGCAGUGCUCCACUCUGGCCUUGGGCAUGUGAGGAGAACGCAGAGUGAGAGGGUUUGGUACAGGUUGAGGUGAGUCCUUUGUUUCUGAGGGAAAAGAAGUGAUGUGAGAGUUAUUUCAAAAUGAUUGCACAGAACUUUGGAGGUUCCUUUGUGUGUAAGGAAACACUGGCUAUGUUUGUACUGGUCUGGAGUGUUUAACAAUAAACUUUCUUUCUCCUUUU